UGUUAUCAAACUAGUGUCGCAUAUCUAUCAGAAGUUGUUAAAAUAUUACUAAUUACACCAAACAAAUCGCGGCUUAAAAGCCUUUUAUCAAUUUUAUGUAAUGCACGCGUACGUUGAUUGUAGGCCCCCUAGUGUUACCACAUGUCGAGAAGACUUCAAAUGGAAACACAAGAUAAUUAAUUACAAGACGACACGGAUCAAUAAUUUUGUAUAUGUAUGAUUACUUGGUAUUAUUCUCUAUGUACGUGCAACGAAGAUGACAGACAAGUGGACAUUAGAAGGAGGGAGGUUGAAAAUAGACGGGAACCGUCUUCCAGUUUCGUAUAUAUGCAACAUUCAUCACAGUUCAAGAAAUUGGAGAAAACAAAGACUAGUACAGAACAUAAUGAAGAGCAAGAAUCAUUCAAGGAAAACUAUCAGAAUAAGGAUAAUAAAGAGAUAGCUUUGGUUGAACGAAAUAAUGGAAACAUGUAUUUGGGAAUAUUAGAAGAUACAAAGCUAACAUUUACAAAGACAAUUGUUGGAAAAGUUAAGAAGAGUUUUAAGAUGAAAAAUUCCAGCUAUAUCAUUAAAAGAUCAGAUGUCCAAACGAUUGAUACCAAAUAGAUUGUAACGAAGACAGUCUUGUGUGAAAAUACCCCAGAAUUAUUCUAACAGAUGACCAUUGACAAAACAUUAAAUAAAAUGUUCAGGAUUAUAUAAGCAAACCAAAAUGACUUUCAAAUUGAUGUAUUUUUUUAAAUGUUUGUAUGCCAUCACAUGAUAAAUCGAAACAAUAAGGAAAUUGAUUUUUGGCCAUAAAGCAUUACUUUUGUUUUACAUGCUUUCUGAACUGUUCCACAAGAAUAUUUGUGAUAAGAUAAAUUGGAUAUAAUCAUAAUUGCAAUACUUUUGGAAUAUUUAAUAGUAUUAAAACUGACAGAGGAAAAAGGUAUAAUUCAUGAACAAAACAUUCUUUAUCAGUUUGACUGUCAUGACUGUAAUAAAUAAGACCGUUGGAAUUUUCUUUUAAAUUUUUUUAAGUUUAAUCAUGUCGAGUACUUUUAUAAAUGACUAUACCAUCCUGUUUUUUUUUUAUCAUGGUUGAAACAUUGAUGGAAUAAU